CAGGUGACGCAUUUAUCAAUUUCGUUUUAUGUCAAAAGAACAGACAAAGAGUGAGUUAAAAUUGUAUUUUUACAUAUUUUAUAAUAUUUUUGUGCAAUAAUGGCAUCGAGAAAAAAGGUUUUAUUGAAGGUCAUCAUCCUUGGCGAUAGUGGCGUUGGUAAAACUUCGCUCAUGAAUCAGUUUGUCAACAAGAAAUUUUCCAAUCAGUACAAGGCAACAAUAGGGGCAGAUUUUCUUACAAAAGAGGUAAUCGUCGAUGACAGAAUUGUAACAAUGCAAAUUUGGGAUACAGCUGGACAAGAGCGUUUCCAGUCGUUGGGGAUGGCCUUCUUUCGCGGAGCGGAUUGUUGCGUUUUAGUGUUUGACGUAACGGCCCCCAAUACCUUCAAGUCCUUGGAAAGUUGGCGAGAUGAAUUCUUGAUACAGGCCUCACCCCGUGAUCCAGACAACUUCCCGUUUGUCAUUUUAGGCAAUAAGGUCGAUUUAGAAAAUCGUGGAGUAUCAGCUAAACGUGCGCAGCAGUGGUGUCAGAGCAAAAAUGAUCUACCUUACUUCGAAACCAGUGCCAAAGAAGCCGUGAAUGUAGAACUAGCCUUCCAGACUAUUGCUCGUAAUGCCUUGGCUCAGGAAACUGAAGCAGAGCUGUACAAUGAGUUCCCAGAUCAGAUCAAGCUCAAUGCUAAUGACAAUGCACGCAACAGAGAUGGGGAUAACUGUGCCUGCUAGACUUCCAACUUAAUAACUCAUUUAUUGGCAAUAUAAUAGUGUCACCAUUUUUAUAAAACUACUUUAAUAGAUUAUAUUAUUAUUGUAUAAGUAAUAUUUUCUUUGAAGACAUUACUAUUAACAUGUGAAAUUGUAAAAGGGUAACAAAUCACAUGAUUUCUUUGCUGUUUCUUUGUUAUGCACAUAAUUGUGUAAUGCACAUAGCUAAAUUACUUGAGCUUUUUAUUAGUGUAAAGGCACUAUCACUCAAAGUACAACUCAUAUUUUAUGUUUCACAAUAUAAUUAGACUACAAAUCUUUUAACAUCAUUUAUCUUAUUUUAAUUAUGUUUAGUAUAUGUAAACCAGUUCUAAACAUUUAGAGGAAAAUUUGUUUUCAUUCCCAUUUAUAUUAAACAAUAUUUGUUAUAAUUCAGUUCUUUGAACAUGAGAUUGUAAAACAAAGAUAAAGCUUGUACUAAUAUGACUCAUGUCAUUUAUUUCAUGUUAGAAAUGAAUAAGCAAAUGAGUCUUCCUAGUGCAUUACAUUUGUUUAUUAUAUUACAUUCAAUCUAUAAACUUUAAACUAUAUAAAAAUAUUUAUCCACCAAUAUGUAUAAUGUUCUACAUUGACUGUGGGUUUUCAUUGUUAAAACAAUUGCAAAAACAUUUUUUUUUUCUCCAUUUACUUAAUGAGAAUAUGUUUUAAAUGAAUUCCAAAAGGAAGGGGCUCUUGACUAUCCAUGUUUUUGUACAUGUUCAGUGUAAACCCUUGGUUUAUGAACAAUGAGUAGAUGAUUUUAUUUGUAUUGUAAUAUGUAUAUCAAAAUUAUUAGAAAUGUCAUUAGUUUGUUGUCUUUUUAAUUUUAGAAUUAAAUAACUCUUAUUAUUGGAGUUAUUUUGAUCUGUUUUAUAACAUUGUAAGAAUGAAGCUUGUUUAUUAAAUUGUAGUGGCUUAUAUAUUUCCUAUGUAAUUGGCGACAAACUGUUUGAUAUGGCUUAUAUAAUAUUUCUGUAUAUAUUUGGAAUUUAUUUUAGAUAUAAGUAGUUAAACAGUACCAUGGUUAUUGUAGGUAUUACUCAGCAUUUUACAUACAUUUUGUCAAAUAUAUUUACACAUUACGGCUAACUGAGAAUGGUAAAUUAAAUUUAAUUAAUGUAUGUAGCCAUUUUGAUUACAGUUUUAGUUACAUGACAAUUGUUUUUUUAAUCGGGGAAUGUUAUAUAUUUGUAAAAUUUAAAAUCAAAUUCUAGUAAAGAACACCAAAUUUUUUCACUUGCCAUUUUAUAGCAUUGGUAAUUUUUUUUUCUUAUGUUGAAUUAAAAGGGCAUUUAUAUAAAACCCCAACAUAUAGAGAGCUAGAGACAGAUAAAAAAUAUGUGUAUGCUGUAAUAAUGGUUGCUUUUUAUUUUAUAUUAAUAAAUAAAAAUAAAAACACA